AGACGCAGUUUCUCUGUCACGGCGAGAACACCAUCAGUUGUGACCCCCUCCCAAACCACACACAGAACAGCAGUACAGGAAACGCUUACACCGACAGCACGGAGACGUGGCUGCUGACCACCUCGGGUCAGGACAGCUCCAGGGGGCACCUGGGUGGUCAACAUCAACGUGGAAUACUUCCAGAUGGAAGACCACAGCUCCUGCGCGUAUGGCUGACUACCUUGACGUAAUUGACGCUAACACAAGUUCUCUGAUUGAUCGAUUAUGUGGUGACUUGUCAGCUCCGGAUAUAUCCUUCUCGUCCACAGGACCUGACCUCAAGCUGUACUUCAACAGUGACUACAGUGUCACGUACAAGGGAUUUGUCAUUAAAUACUGGGCAUCUUACAGCAGCUUUGCCGUAGUUACCCAGGCGCCCAAAUCUGACCGUAAAGAAACCAACAACAACGUGAUUGGUUGGGUACUAGGGGCCUUAGGGGUGAUGAUAAUCAUGGGCUUGGUUGUCUAUAUCGUGUGUCGCCAGAAGUACCAGAAGAAGUCCACAUCGAAAAGAAUCAACAAGAAAGUAUUCAUUACAAAGCCCGACGGAUCACUGGGACAGGUCUUUAAGACCUCCAUAAAAAUCAGACCAAGUACUAACCUCAGAGGUAAAGCUGCAUCGAUGAACCUUCAGUUCCCCAGUGCAUCCUCCAUAUCAGGAGCUGAACCCAAACCUGGUGUCUCCAGGAAGCGCCCCCCUAUCGACUCAGCGUCUGUGGGGGGAGAUCAAAUACCGGCGGCGUUCAGAUACGUCGACCAAACGUACCCACCUGGAUACGGAUCAACUCCGUAUUGAGCACCAAUGUUAGACAUGCCUACACAACGUACCCACCUGAAUACGGAUCAACUCCGUAUUGAGCACCAUUGUUAGACAUGCCGACCCAACGUACCCACCUUGAUGUGGAUCAACUCCGUAUUGAGCACCAAUGUUAGACAUGCCGACCCAACGUACCCACCUGGAUACGGAUCAACUCCGAAUUGAGCACCAAUGUUAGACACGCCGACCCAACGUACCCACCUGGAUGUGGAUCAACUCCGUAUUGAGCACCAAUGUUAGACAUGCCGACCCAACGUACCCACCUGGAUACGGAUCAACUCCGAAUUGAGCAGCAAUGUUAGACACGCCGACCCAACGUACCCACCCGGAUGUGGAUCAACUCCGUAUUGAACACCAAUGUUAGACAUGCCGACCCAACGUACCCACCUUGAUGUGGAUCAACUCCGUAUUGAACACCAAUGUUAGACAUGCCUACCCAACGUACCCACCUGGAUACGGAUCAACUCCGUAUUGAGCACCAAUGUUAGACAUGGCGACCCAACGUACCCACCUGGAUGCAGACCACUUCCCUAUUGAGCACCACAGUUUUUGUCACAUGUUUUAAGCUAUAUAUCCUUAGAGACGCUCUUAGUUUCGACGUCAUGUGCUACUCUUGACACUGAAAUGACUAGUAUGUAACUGGUCAUGAAAUAUAACGUUUUCAUUUUGUAUGUAUUUUACACAUUUGCCUGUAUGUGUUGGAUUAUGAGUAACAAUGAUUUAUACAUCAUUACAGACAUUUCAUAUUCCUAGUAGAUUAAGCAAAUAACUUUCAGCGUCAGAAUUUAUUCCAUCCAUCUGGGGUAAACACCAGAUCUUUAUUCCAAACACAUAUGUCAUUCAAAUAUUUACAAAUAGUUGGGGAAAUGCGUAUAUAGUGGCAAAUGCUCAAGCGCUGUGCAGUAUUAUUCCCUUUGGCUGUUAAUUUGUAUUGAUAAACCUGUAAACCACAUAAAGAACGCAGAUCUUCCAUUGAGGUGGAUCAAACAGCAGGAAUGCCGACAUUCAACAAUCAUUUUGCAUUUUACCAUGGCGGAUCUUAAACCUGACCUUCAAACUUGACAGUAAUUGCCUUAACUUAUGGAGGUUAAUCGGAGGGUCGUUUCCGACACCAUGCUUGUGGCGUCCAGUUCGAUGUAAUUCUUGUUUGUUUUACUUUGAUGUUUGGAUUUAUGUGAAGCACAAGUGAUAAUACAACAAACUGUUCAUGUUAUUUAUAUACCUUCGUGUGUUUAUACUUAAUUUUUCUCAAAGCAAGGCUUACUGUGAUUAUCCUGUUUUGGCGUUCCUUAUAUUCAUUUAUUGAAAACUACAUUGAACCUUUCUGCUACCUUGUAUUUGGGUGCUUACAUUUCAGUUUAUUGUGGCAUCUUUUAGGUUACAACUUCCAUUGAUAAAUAAGUUAUCAAGAACGUAAUUCGUGUCGCCUAACGUUUGUACAGGACCCAAACCCUGAACGCAGUAAGAAGUGCAUGCAAUGAUUUGCGUACGAUUCCAGAUAUGAACUUACUUUGGGUGUAUAUUUUCUAUACACCUACACAUAUGAAACAUUGGAUCAUCAUACGUUAUUGUCGUUAUUGCAAUAUAAGCUAUGACCGGAUGUGCUGAAAUUUUCAGAGGUUAAUACCUAAGUAAACAUUUACUUUUCUAAUUUCGAUUUUUAUUCUCAUGGCUUCGAACAUUUGGACUAUUUUUUUAAUGUGCACGGGUUUGAAAUAUGGGCAUUCCCUGUGCUAGGAAACACUUCUGUUUCUAAAUUUUCAAAUGUUUUAGUGCCUGUGGUGUUUCGCAUGUAUUUGACUAGUUUUCAUAUUACCGAAUCUAAAACAAGAUGAUCAUAUAUUUUUACACCAUCUCACAAAUUCGGGCUCACAUUGUCUUAAUUUUACACAUGCUGAUUCAGUUGGCAUCAAUGCUCCAACAAUCUCAAUAACCUGAAAGCGCUAAGGGCCUGACUAAGCAAAACACUGUUAUGCAAGCUGACACGUUUCCAUCUGGUCAAUAGCACAAACACUUCCCUUUAUCCGGUUGCACGUUCAUCAGACACCUCGGCCAAAUGAUGCAUAAUUUUCAAGCGUUUGUCAAAUGGACCUCGGAUUACACCUUCAUUUCCAAGCGUGAACACUUGUGGGAAAAAUACUGUCCUUUCGUGUGGUGAAUAAGCGUUCCAUGUCCCCAGUCAGUGCGUUGCGAGAAUUGUAUUUGGUGUACUGACUUCCAAGAAGAUUACUUGGAAGCUGCCAAGAAAUAACGAACGUGAAAAGUGGUAUGCUUUCCUUUUUAUUAUGACUGGUAGAAGGCGUUUAUCGGUUUUGCAGCAUUCAUUAUCAGGCUGUUGUAUUGCCCUUAAAAUGAUCCACGAGUACAGAAUAAGGAUCACAUUCAGGUGUUUGGAAUGGUUGAAAAUUAAUAAGAUACAUGACACUAUGCAAUGCAAUGAUUGAAUCAGUAUCUCAGGACGGAUUUGUCACAUACUGUAUUGGCCUUGCAUAGAACAGAUAUGGUUGAAACUGCUCAGUGUCACAUAUUGAUAUCACCUUGUUAACAUAUACUUCAUAGCCAAGCUGGACCUAGGUGCCACAUGUCAUUUUUACCAUUGAUUUUCUUGUCCAGACUCGAGUAUCUACUGUCCCUUAUGGUACAAGUAUGCAUGUAGUUGGGAUAUUGGUCACUGCAGGGUUGAGCAUCACUCACUCACUCUUGUGAAAAGAAUUUCUUUAUUACAGAUGAAAGCAAACGUAUUUAUUUAUCAUUCUUAAACAAACGUAAAAAUUACAAUCAUGUUCAUAGGUUAAGGCGAUAAAAGUAAGCAAGAAUCAUGUGAAAAAUAAUAAUAUAUUAUUGCUUGCACACAUCAUUUGAGAUGAGAUGGUACAUCAGACUGGUCUUGUGGCUCAGUUUCUAGCUUUGAAGGCAAUGGGUGUUCAGUGAGAAUUGCCUAACACAUUGAUGUACAUGUUUAUCUCUUUGUACAUUUUAGUUUCAUGUAAGAAUGAAAUUAAACCCCUGACAACAUGGAUAUAUAAUUAAAUUUGUUUUUGUUUUUUAAUUUUGGAUUGAAAAGCCAUCUGUAAGUUUCAACCUUUAUCUCACUAGAAAAAAUAAUAUAAACGAAAUUU